AUGAGCCAGAAAUAUUUUGAGAAUCCAAAGAAUUUGAAGUUUGAUUUUCAGCCAUUAAGACCUCCUGAGGCCUUGAGCCGGAAAAAGAAGGGGUCAUCUCCCGGUCCACCGCAGCCAUCGGCAGUAAGACGCGUGGGUAACCAGGACAUCGGUCAACAUCAAACGACCGCGUUUACAGUUGCAAAUGGUCGUAAGCAGCAAAAACGACGGCAACAUUUUAUGGAAGAAGAAAACGAAGAGAAAGGACAGGAGCCCUUCUUGAAAGAGGCACCCGUCGAUGAAAAGCUUGGCUCUGGUGACUAUUCGGAUCACCUCCAUUGGGCUCAUGAAAUUGUUAAACGCACGAAGACUCGUGAUACCCGAGCCAAUAAAGAGUUCUGUGUCAAUCAAAUGAACAGACUCAAGAAAAGUAUUCUGACCGCCAGUAAUGAAGUGACUCGGGCACAAGGCGAGUUGGCUAUGUUUGUACCGGCAAUGUUACCCGGUCAGACGUCUCGGUUGUCGAACGCCGGUGUUGCACAACAGCAGCCCGAACGAAGCGUUACCGCCCAGUUCUUAUUUGCACAUGACAUUCUUCGGAAAUAUAUUCAAUCCCACACUCAAUAUGUGGCCCGGAAAUGUGCCAAUCGUGUCGCCAUUGCAGACGCAGAACAAGCCGAAUUCGCAGCUCUGCAAUUGUUCGAAAAACGAGCGACCCCCCAGCAAAAAGCACAUGCUGCCCUUUUGAAACCGAAACUAGAGGCACUCCAUGGUAAAGAGAAACACAUGAGAAUGUUGGCUAAGCAAGUCGAAUUUGAGAUGGUGCCGAAAUCAAUUCCCAAAUUUGAUUUUCGUUACCGAAUCGACGAACGAGCCCUGUCCUCCGCACAAAUAGAGGUUUUAAAGUUAUAUUCUGUUCAUCAAAAAUAUAUCCCUUCCAAUCUGGUGGAGAACUGGCGCUAACAAUGCUGAUGGUUGCCCAUUAGCAGAGGCUAACUUUACGGGACACUUGUCUCAAUAUCCCUUGUAGAGAAAAAACCCUUUUUUCUUCUGAGGUCAGUUUGACUGCUGCUGGAAGCUUAAAAAAGCUUUGCAUAGCUAUUCAAAGCACUCUUUGAAUGUUGAGAAUUCAAUCGAAAGGUGUAGGUACCUGUUCGCUUAAAAUAAAGAUUUAUACUUCUCUUCAUUCUCUGUUCACGCUUUUCGAUCGUUUUUAAAAAGAGCGAUAAAGUCAACAAUUUAGUGAUUUCAGAAAAUUAGGCCGCUUUUGGAAAUAUGGCCUGUCUGAAAACGUUGAGAAAUUUUCCCAUAAAAGUCAUUGCAGAAAAAUUAAGAGACGCAUUCUUGAUCCACAGGUGGCAGUCUUUAAACUCUUUACGGGAUGAAAAAUAUCACCGACUGUUUGAACUCGUUGCGAGUUCAAUUGACUGUUACAUUGUCACAUAGUAUAGGCGCGGCUAGGGAGACUGUUUUGAACUCGUAACGAGAGUGUUAGCGCACUAUGCUCUAACACGUUAUCGUCUUCUUUUCUUCUUUUGGUUUUUUCUCCUUAUACAGUCAUUGUAUACACGCGCCUAUUAUUCAGUUUUUCUUACGUCCUUAGUACAUAGAUACUGUGGACUUCAGUUAUUUUUCUUUUUUUCGUACAGAUAUGACUGACUAGCUAUUCAUUCCUUUUCUUAGAAAUUUCAUCAUCUUUUGUCAUAUAUAUAUAAAUUUCACAAUCUUUUGUCAGAUAUACAAGUUUCACCAUCCUUUGUCAUAUAUACAUAAAUUUCAUCAUCAUAUAUUAUAUAUAUAUAGGAUACUCCACAGUUAGUUUGAAGUCGUCGUGUCACAUUCGUAUAUCGUCUCCUUAUCGUCGUCCAUUUUUUUGUCAUCAUUUAUUCUAUUCACAAUUUUUAAAUAUACAUUUAACAGUUCCCAAGAGGUUUCAUCGAAUUUUCAAGAGUCAGAAAGCCUACCGUUCACAAUCACAAAUACAUUUAGUCAAAGAGAUUGCAUCUGUGAUAAUAAUUAAUGCAUACAACGCUUAAGUGGAUGAUCAUGACUUCUUUUUUUCUUAAGAAGAACUGAACACACGUGCAGCGUGCGUGUUUUUUUCAUAUAUUCCUGUACACUUUAAUCAAUAAUGAGCCUUGAAUAAAGAAAAAGCAUUUCUCGUUUUAUAAUGAUCCAUUAAGUUAACUUAAAAUACAAUAAGUAACACUCUCUCAAAAGAGUCAUGUCUUCUUAAACACAGUCGAUGAGCGCACAACAAAUGAUGUUGAGUAUGUGAUAAAAUUUUAGUUUCGUCAACACCAAGUACAAAUGGCAAGGUUGGCGACAGUAAGAAUGGACAGAGGAGAAAACGAAGUUUCUAAAGCCGGUUUGCCGGAGGUUCUUUGGGAAAUCAGCUCCAUUGUCAGAAUAUCAACAUACAACGUUAGUAGUCUUUUGUAUGCGUAGGUAGUCCAGCCGUUUAAUUACGAAAGACCUCUGUAAAGUGAGCCCAACCGUGAUGCACCGGCCCUGAUGUUAAGGCAAAUGCCUCAAACAGUGUCGUACUACUAUCCAUUCCAAAAUACAAGAGCCUUGGUCAUUUUUUAAAUACCUUUUGACAGAAGAUAUGUAUAUCUUCCGUCUAGACUUCUGUCUGUAGAGACUUGCAGUUUUCCACAUUCGAAAGAGGGCACCUGAAUACAUCUUUUUGUUUUUCACUGAUAUUUGUGAAUCGCAAAUUAUAUGAUCUUGAUCGUCGCUAUGUCCCAAAAGUAUAGUUUGUUGCAAAUCCAUUUUCUUUCCCAGAAUCAGUUUCCAGAAGUGAGUUUGCGGCAAGUACAAAUUCUUCAUCCUAUCGAUGUAUUCUUGCUGUUUCUCUUAUACUCUUACUGUUGCUUAUAUUCUGUUUUUUAUCUACACUAAAUAAUUAUUAAUAGCCACAUACAUUACUACCGAUAAUCACACGAUCGUUUAUAGCGAGGGACCGACGUCUCAUUUUUCGGGGAUCGAGUUCUCCGUGAGGGCCCAUUUUUGAAUUUUCGCCGAUUUCACUUUUCUCGUCUACA